UCACAUUCAUUUGUGCGUGAUGUCACGUUCCUGGAAUGAGACUUCACCCGUAAAGUAAGGUAGCGCAACAUUUCCUCCGAUAUCUGACAGUGACAUAUUUCGACCGCUGAUGCCGUAACAGUGCUAAAUGGAGUCAAAGAUUGCCGGCCGGAAAAAGGGGGUGGCGGCUAAUCGCACACAUUUGGCUGCGCGGAGGUUCAAUUAUCUGCCAGUGUUGGGCCGCAGUGGACAAACCGCAGGUGGGCCUCGCGCGACCGAGCGACGAUUGCCUUUUCAAUGUAACGAAUUUUAUUUACACUUAAACUCAAACUCACUGUAUCAUUGAGUCACGCAUUACAUUGCGCGUGACAUUUACGUUGAGGCAGAAGAAUAAUAUCCCCAGUCACUCACAACCAAAAGCUUGUUGCUGCGACCGGACACUUGUGGCGACAACCAACACCAGCUAGGUUGGAGAGGCAACUGACCCUGACCUACACUCUGUCUGUCGGCGGCAACGUGAGGUCGUGGCCCGUCACGAGCAGGAACCUCUUCGUACUCGUGGCCCUGGACUGCGCCGCCCUCGCCAACGUGACUCUCCAUGCACGGGAUGUCGUCGUCAUGGUGUCACUACGGACACAGAAGGCAUUUUCUAUACACGCUGGCCAAGCACUUGAACUUUACCCCCGAGGUGGCCCUUCCUUCUGACGGCCAGAUGUACGGGAAUCCAGUGGACUUCCCCGUCUUCGGGGGCCUGCUGGGCGACGUCUACAGCAACCGCAGUGACCUCUCUCUCGUGUUUACUGCCAGUGACUUAAAGUUGCCGUACCACAGCCGGCCGCCCACCGCGCAGACCACGUGCACCACGUGGUGCCUGCCCACGGGGUACCGCCAGUCCUCGGUGUGGCGGCCCGUGGUCGGGGAGUUCACGGUGCACACCUGGGCCGCGGUGCUGCUCUCCUACCUGGCUGCUGCGCUGUCCUACCGGGUGCUGUGCAAGACCGACUGCCUGGCCGAGAGCAUGCUGGCCGCCCUGCAAGGCCUCGUCAGCUCCCUGCACACCGUGCCCUCGGACUGGGCGUCCAGGCCGUUCGUGUUCUCCUGGUCUUUCUCGGGGUUGGUGCUCGCCACGUUGUACAUGGCCGCUCUCCAUGGCAUAAACUCGUCCGAAACACGGGACACCUUCUUCAGGACGUUGACCGAAGUUGCCGAUUCAAAGCUCCCCAUGUACGCGUCUUCGGAUCACCUUCGGAACUUUCGGAAGGCUCAGUUUGACACGGCUGGGGAGCAGGCCAUAAUGGAACGCGUGAUCACAUUCGAUUACAACAAAGCUCUGCCGAUGUUUCACAAGUUUUUCACAAAACCUGACUUUGGCAUCUUGAAUGACCGCAAUGCGUGCCAUGGGUUCGCCAAGCUCUUUACGCCGCCCAGAAAGGCACCACGCUUCCACGUAGUCCGUAACUACUGUCUCUCCGUCAGCAUGACCAAUAACUUGAUACUUCGUCAAAAUUCGCCUCUGUUGCGGCCACUCAGCGUCGCGACCAGCAGGCUGGACGAGGCCGGCUUGACCAAAUACUGGUUUGACAUCAAGACUUUUGCUAUGGAGCGCUCGCCAGACCCAGUCAUGCGUAUGCGCCAGCUGCGGCCGUUCCUCCGCGUCCUGGGCAUCGGCCUUGCCGCAGCCAUCGUCACCUUCCUCCUGGAAGUGCUAGUGGCCGGCGUGCUCAAGUGCUGGGACAGAGGCUGCACUGUGCGACGGGAGGGCCAAGCAACCGAAGGGGUUGUUGACGAGACUGUUGAGAAAUGAGCAAUCUCGCCCUGGUGUGAUCUCCGCCUUGUAUCACUUGGAAUCUCUGCCUGGUAGUGCAGGUUACUGUCCAGUGUCUUCGUCCGUUUCCGGGACGCUCUCUGUGUGUGUACCUUGUGUGAGAAGGACGUAUUAAAUCUUGAUCCCAAAGUU